AUUGGGAGCAGCUGAGAAAUGACGCGUGUCUAAUUACAGCUGUAUCCCAAAUCCCAAGCUAACCGCUUCCCUACAAUAAGCGGUACCGAUUGCCCAUAACGCUCCAUCACAACUCCAAAACCUAACCUACCCAACCGGUUUCCUUUUACCUUCUCACAUAUAAACCGCUUCAACACAAUACCCUUAAACCAAACCAAUGCAAUUCUAUUCUCUAUUCUCCACCACCACCACCACCACCCAUAACUAACAACAACAAAACCUAAACAAAAAUAAUUAUGAACACACCCAUUACCAGAAAAGAAAUGGAUCGGAUCAAAGGUCCAUGGAGUCCUGAAGAAGAUGAAGCACUUCAAAAGCUUGUUGAAAAGCACGGUCCAAGAAACUGGUCGAUUAUAAGUAAAUCGAUUCCAGGGAGGUCUGGGAAAUCGUGCAGGCUUCGUUGGUGUAAUCAGCUUUCACCACAAGUUGAGCAUCGGGCUUUUACACCUGAAGAAGAUGAUACUAUAAUCAGAGCCCAUGCUCGAUUUGGUAAUAAAUGGGCUACGAUUGCUAGGCUUUUAUCGGGCCGAACUGAUAACGCUAUUAAAAAUCAUUGGAACUCUACUUUGAAACGUAAGUGUUGUUCUAGUAUGGUCGAUGAAUCUCCACCUUUGAAAAGAUCUGUUAGUGCUGGUGCUGCUAUACCUGUUUCUACCGGUCUUUAUAUUAAUAAUCCUUCUUCACCUGGUUCUCCUUCUGGAUCCGAUGUGAGCGAGUCCAGCGUACCUAUUGUGAACUCCUCUCAUGUUUAUCGUCCGGUGCCGACGAGGACAGUUACGCUUCCGGUUCCUGUUCCGAUUACGGUUCUACCUCCCGUAGAAACGACGUCGUCUUCUAAAUCUUCAAAAUCACCAAAAUCUCCAAAAUCAAAUGAUCCUCCAACUUCAUUAUCACUUUCACUUCCCGGAGUCGAUUCUUCGUCGGAAGAUUCAAACCGUGUGACUGAGCCGCCUGUGAAGAACUCUGCUCCACCGCCUCCUCCACCAGCACUGCCAAGUGCGAUUCCUUUGAUUCCGAUAAUGACGACAGCUGUACCCGUUUCUGUUCCGAUGGCGGUUCCGAUGAUGCAGCAAUUUAACGAUCCGGCGACGGCGAGGGGAUCGGGAUCAGCGGUGCCGUUCAAUUUUAGUGCGGAGUUGUUGACUGUGAUGCAGGAAAUGAUAAGGACGGAAGUGAGAAGUUACAUGGCGGGAUUGGAGCAGCAGAAUGGGAUGUGUAUUGCUGAUGAUGGAUUUAGGAAUGCUUCUGUGAAGCGAAUUGGAAUUAGCAGGAUCGAUUCGUAAAUAUUAUCGGAGAAUGAAAUGAUGAUGACGAUGAUGAUGAUUAUGAUCGCAAAUUGGGGAAAAAAUGAACCCUUUUCGUUUUAAUCCCGUUUUUACAUUUUAAUUAGGAGUAAUAAUUUUGAUUAAUGUACAAAGAGAGAAGUUGUUAGAGAGAGUUGUUGGGAUUAGUGAAUGAAAUUCAUUUCCAAGAAGUGGAGGGAACGAAAGGGGGAAUAGAUGUUAUUUCUGCAGACCUGAACUCCAGGCUUAGUUUAGUCCAAAAAGAAGAAGAAAAAAAAAAGUUUAGAAUAAAAAAAAAAUCUAAAAUUUCAAAUCUUGUUAUAAUUUUUAUUUUCAUUGUUUUUGCUUAAGCAAUGGUAAUGGUAAAAUUUGAUUGACAUUUGAA